UAAUCCACAUCUAGGGCAAGCUGGCUGAGAGGCAAUCCAGUGCUCAGCUCCUCUCUGCAGGCUGAGAAAAGAGACAGAGAGAGAAAGACAGCGAUUUCAACGCAGGAGGAAAAACGUGAGAUUCUGACUAAACGGGAAGAUACCAAGACUUAAGAGGAAGAUUUUCAUCUGCGGAUAUCAUUUAUUUAUACAUAUUGUUUAUAUAUCUAUAUAUAUUUGUACACACGCAUAUAGAUAUUUAUAUAUAUACAUUAAUCCCUGUAUAUAUCUGUAUUUGUGCUUGUCUGUUUAUAUCAAUAUUUUUAUAUGUAUUUGUGUGUGUAAAUAUAUAUGAUAUAUAAACAAAAGAAUAUAUCUAUAUAUAGAUAUAUAUGAAUUUAUAUGCAUAUCACUGUGAACCAAGAGAAGGAAGAGGAAAUUUCUAUCAUCGGGGCUGGUCUCUGAUUCCGUGGUCAUAUACAAUAUUUUGAAUAUUUCCUUUGAUCUUCUACGUCAAGAGGACAAAAGACUACGUGCCCAUUUUGUAUUUUUGUUUUUCUGUCGCUGCUUUUCAUCCCUCUUGAUCUUUUUUUCCUUCUACGUCGGGUGAGGAAUAAAGCGGAGAGCGGCCGGAUUUGGACGGGAGAGAAAAACGGGGGAAAUCGGCAGAAAUUCCUGUGAUUAGAGUCGUUUCCGUCGGCAUUAGCGCUUUGUGCGCCGAACGCAGCGUGCUGUGUGAGAUCUGAGGAGGCAGCAGAGACAGAGUGCCACGCCGCUCCGCUCAGCGUCAGCCCAGCCAGCACAGCCAGCAUGCACAAACACCACCACUGCUGCAAGUGCCCAGAAUGUUAUGAGGUGACCCGUAUGGCUGCCCUGCGUAGGAUGGACGCCCCGUCGUAUGGAGGAGAGUGGCAGGCCGAGCCCUAUGGAUACCCACCUGGGUACGGAGGAGGCCAGACCUUGCCCCCUCCAGCCUCGGGGGGAGGUGGAAGCAUGGGUGGAGGAGGGGGCACUUUGGGGAGAAGUAAGGGCAAGAUAAUGUCUGGUGGGGGACCAGGAGGCCCCAACCCGAAGGGCCAAUCCAAGGGAGGCCCCAAAGUAAAUGGCAACAACUCCAGUGGACAAGGAGGAUGGUGGCCCGAGUGCACCUGUACCAACCGGGAGUGGUACGACCAGGCCAACCCUCCCCCCAUCAUCGUCAACGCAGACUCACUAGAUGCAGGGCCUUAUGUAAAUGGAAGUGAUGGGAUGUAUAAAUAUGAGGAGAUCAUUUUGGAGAGGGGGAACUCUGGCCUUGGCUUUAGCAUUGCUGGAGGAAUAGACAAUCCCCACAUUCCUGAUGAUCCGGGGAUCUUCAUCACCAAGAUAAUCCCAGGAGGAGCAGCUGCUAUGGAUGGACGGCUAGGGGUUAACGACUGUGUGCUGCGUGUGAAUGACGUGGACGUGUCUGAAGUGGUGCACAGUCGGGCAGUGGAAGCCUUAAAGGAGGCGGGGCCCGUGGUGCGGCUGCUGGUCCGACGGAGGCAGGCCCCACCUGAGACGAUUCUGGAGGUCAACCUGCUGAAAGGGCCCAAAGGGCUGGGAUUCAGUAUCGCCGGAGGGAUCGGGAACCAACACAUCCCAGGAGACAACAGCAUCUACAUUACCAAGAUUAUAGAAGGAGGAGCUGCCCAAAAAGAUGGACGACUUCAGACCGGAGACCGCCUGCUAGCUGUGAACAACAUUGUGCUUCAGGACGUGCGCCACGAGGAGGCAGUGGCUGCGCUGAAGAACACCUCUGAUAUGGUUUACCUCAAGGUGGCCAAGCCAGGACCUGUGCAUCUCAAUGACAUGUACGCCCCUCCAGACUACUCCAGCAGUCUGGCCCUCCCUCCAGCCUUCCCCACCAUGGUGGACAACCACGUCAGCCACAACUACAUGGGGGCGAUGGAGCCCAAGCCCGUGUACCCGCCGCCCCAGGUCACCCCGUCCAGGUACUCGCCAGUUCCCCGACACAUGCUUGGGGAGGAAGACUUCACGAGCAGGGCUGAGCCUAUUUACAGUGUCAUCCACAAAUCUGGGGACAGCAAGGUGCCCCAGGCCCUCUACAGAGGCUUCUGUCCUUCCCCUGCUCCCUUGUGCCAAGGUCCACUCCCCUUCUCUAGCAGGGAGCCAAGGAAGGUGUUGCUGCACAAGGGCUCCACAGGCCUGGGCUUCAACAUAGUCGGUGGGGAGGACGGAGAAGGCAUCUUUGUCUCCUUCAUCCUGGCAGGAGGGCCGGCUGACCUGAGCGGCGAGCUGAGGAGGGGAGACCGGAUCCUAUCGGUGAAUGGCGUAAACCUAAGGAAUGCCACACAUGAGCAAGCAGCUGCAGCACUGAAGAGAGCCGGACAGACUGUCACCAUAAUUGCUCAAUACAGGCCUGAAGAGUAUAGCCGCUUUGAGUCCAAAAUCCACGACCUGAGGGAGCAGAUGAUGAACAGCAGCAUGAGCUCGGGAUCAGGCUCCCUGCGCACCAGUGAGAAGCGCUCCCUCUAUGUCAGAGCUUUGUUUGACUAUGACCGAACGAGGGACAGCUGCCUGCCCAGCCAGGGCCUGAGCUUCUCCUAUGGGGAUAUCCUCCAUGUCAUCAAUGCCUCUGACGACGAGUGGUGGCAGGCGAGGCUCGUUACGCCACACGGGGAGAGUGAGCAGAUUGGGGUCAUUCCAAGCAAGAAACGAGUGGAGAAGAAGGAACGGGCCAGGUUAAAAACAGUCAAGUUCCACAACAGGGCAGGCAUGAUUGAGUCUAACAGGCCUGUCAAAGUAAAGCGCAAAAAAAGCUUCAACCUCUCACGCAAGUUCCCAUUUUACAAGAGCAAGGAGAAUAUUGUGCAGGACUUGGUGGAGUCUGAACAAUGCCUGACAUCCAACACAAGUGACAGUGAAAGCAGUUCAAAGGGACAGGAGGACACAAUUCUUUCCUAUGAGCCAGUCAUUCGACAGGAAAUUCACUACACGAGGCCUGUCAUCAUUUUGGGCCCAAUGAAGGACAGAGUAAACGAUGACCUUAUCUCAGAGUUUCCCCACAAGUUUGGCUCCUGUGUUCCCCACACGACUCGUCCAAGGCGGGAGAACGAGACAGACGGCCAGGACUACCACUUUGUGGGCUCGCGGGAGCAAAUGGAGAAGGACAUUCAGGAUAAUAAAUUCAUUGAAGCUGGCCAGUUCAAUGAGAACCUCUAUGGGACGAGCAUCUUGUCUGUCAGAACUGUGGCUGAGAGGGGGAAACACUGCAUUCUGGAUGUGUCUGGGAACGCCAUAAAACGACUGCAGCAAGCACAACUUUAUCCCAUUGCCAUCUUUAUUAAACCAAAAUCUAUUGAAGCUCUAAUGGAAAUGAAUAAGAGGCAGACUUAUGAGCAGGCCAAUAAAGUCUUUGACAAGGCAGUUAAGCUGGAGCAAGACUUUGGAGAGUAUUUCACAGCUAUUGUACAGGGUGACUCACUAGAGGAGAUCUACAACAAAAUCAAGCUAAUCAUUGAGGAGCAGUCUGGCCCCUACAUCUGGAUCCCCUCCACAGAGAAGCUCUGAGCUCCCUGCCGUCCCCUCUGCAAUGUUGCAGAGCUCCCUUCCUGCCUCCCAGAGAUCCCACCCAAUCUCAAAUAGUCCCCCUGCCCCUCCUCACCUCCUUUUUGCAGAUAUGUUUCAUAUCAAGUUUUAGUGUCAUCAUUAUGUUACUCUCUAAAUGAAAAAGAAGUCUUAUCACCAUUACUGUGACUGUUCACACCCCUGCAUGAGUUUCUCAACAAAUCCAUUCAAGACUGGAAUUGCCAUUCCAAAGGAAUUUGUCAAAUGAAAACUAAAGGGAAAAGAAAUCACUCCUUUUGUGAACUGGGACUGACUGAAGAUCAGAAUGUUUUACAGACAUCCGAAGAGGGGCACUGGGAUUCAAGUAGAAGUUGCAGGGGAACAGAGACUAAUCAUACCAAGUGGGAACACUUUGUAAAUGUUCAUCAAAUCACAUUUUAAAAGACGUGAAAGAUGAGAAGUUGAAGACCAUUUGAGGGUUUUUUUCUUUUCUAAAAAGACUGGAUAAAAUCAAGCCCUGCUGAUGGUACUGUUCACGGAGUCGUCUCUUGUUUAUAAUGACUGAGGAAUUAGUAGAGGAGCCUACAAACUGGUGAUCUAUUUAUCACAAACCAGCUUGCUGUUUGGUCAUAUCCCAGUUGUCUGUGCUGCAGCGGAUAACGACGUCUUGGGAUGCAGAUCAAGAGGAAGAAUGCGUUGUGAAUCUAUACAUUUAUAUUAUGAAAUCACAAGAUAAAUGAUAAAAUCCUACUGAGAUUUUACUACAUAUUAAAAGCUACACAUUUUACACUUCACUAGAAUUGUCAAUUUGGAGGGCUGUUAGACUUCAUAUUUUUCUUUCCUUCUUCGUGGGAUUUUUUUGCUUGUGGUUUUUAGCUGCUCUGUGUAAAGGAUGGGGGUAGAGAAGUGUAACCGGGCUCUCUGCAAAACACCAAACUGCCUUACAUCAAAUACAAAUUCUGUUUUGUGACUACCUGUUGUCUGUGAGGAGGCUGCACACCAUUCACAAGAGGAAACAUUCUCAUCUUUCCCUGCCUUUCUUUUUUUUUUUUGGUGACCUCCAACUGCCAGGGAGGCCUGACUUUAGUGCAAUAGAUAUAAAGAAGUCUCACCUCUGUGGGCACACCUUUUCUCCCCUCGUACUUUAACUUUUUUGUGUGUGUGUGUGUGUGUGUGAAAUUUGGCCAUUUAAUUACGAUUUGGACAGCCAGAGCCUCCUAACUCACGUUGAGCAGCAGACCACCCUAUUACACUCUCUGCCUUCCAAGAGGAUUCUCUUCUGAUUAAAUGGUCACAUGGUACUGUCCUAUCUGCCGCCAUGGUGGUGGCCUUAAAACGGGUAGAACAAGACAAUAAUUGUAUUGGAUGUCCUAACAAUUAAAGAGUCAGUAUAACCUGUUUUGAAUUGUCCCCCUGUGCCCCUACCAAAAACACUAAAGUUGGGUUUGAUUAAACCUGUAUGCUUUGUGUAUCUCUAAACAUAAAUUCUUGAUAAAUCUGUUGUUGGCAGGUGCUGGACCACUGUGUUGAGCUGUUUAGUGUGUCUGGGUUGAGUUAGACCAGGAUCAGGAAUCGUAACGUAGAUACCAUUUCCCGUGCGACUGAAGAAACGGGUUUGAGCAAUGACACACAGUUUAUAGCAUGAACAAGUAGAUGCAGUACUGUUGUUUGGUUAAAGGUGUUUUAAACGGAACAGUGUAGUCAGGUUGGAUUAUGCGUCUUCUCUCUAUCUGGAGGCCGGAAGUUGUUCAAGGCCAACGGUCUUUCUCUUGACCCCUGGGCGCUCUUUUUAAAAGCAUUGGAAGGAGGAGUAUGAUGGCCCCCGAUGCUGUGAACACUCUUGUUCUCCUCCUCAGCUUUUUUUUUGUUUUGACGAGUGCAAAGGAUUUUUUUUUCCUCCUUAGAGAGCCAGACCCAACAGGAAGUGGUAAACUAGACCUCUGGGUCCCCGACUCUCUCCCACCCACAGAGCACCUGUACCUGCAGGCAUUUUCUGAACAGGUGUGCACACCUGCCAGGCACCACUGCUAAACCAGCUGUCAUUACCUGUGUCAAAACCAGAGUUCAGGGAAUAACCGAAGGGAACAGAGCCAUUUAUAAACUGCUUGCAGACUGUUUCAAAGGGUGUGGUAGCUGUACAAUGUAAAUAAGCCCUCAGCAGAUCCCCCUCACCUGUGCUUCAUGCAUGUGUGAUUCAAACUGGGACAGACAUGUUUUAUAGACCACAAAUGUCAGGUAAGUAAAGUUUGAGCUACUCUUGAGAUAUAAUUUCCAUACAAAUGUGCUGUAUUGUCGGUAUUUCUCUACAAAUGCCUAUUGGAACACUUAACUAGUCAGUCGGGAAAUCAGUUCCCUCAAGUAGGGCCUGUCUACGUGUGAUUUCUUGUGGAACGUGUCUGGGUGUAUAGAGUUUAAAAACUAUAUUGUAAAAUAAUUUAAAAGAGAUGCAGAUCGAAACCUAAACAGUAUCACAGAAUCCAGGAGCAUUGAUCAAUACAUCAAUAGAAGUUUAGACUUCUCCUUCCUCUCGGGUGUUUAGUUGAAAUACAGCUGACUGUUAACGUGUGUGGUAUUCAUACCUCAGUCAGCCAUAUCAAAGCCCAAAGAACUUGAUUUCAUUUUACUCUUUCCUUUCAGGCCGUGCUAUAUAACAAGAUGGAACCUGAAUGCCUCUGUGUGUGUAUAACUGAUGAGGGUCUUUGUUCUGAUGAGAGAAAUGACAUAUAUGCUUUUAUUUUUUGGGUUGGGAGGGGGUCAGGGUUCUUGUUUGUACUUUUGGGUGAUGAUGUUUAUGUUAUAGCACAUCUGUGCAGUAAGUGCUUGCAAACAUGAACCCUUUGAUUGUACAGUAGUUUCCUUCCUGUCACUGCAGGUGGUACAGCAAGGACGCUUGGCCUCAUGGUCUUCCUGUCCUAGUCAUGAGGGAACAGUCCUGCAACUUUUGUUUGGGUUUUAUUUUGGGACUUGACAAGAGUUUAUUUGUUUGAAAAUAAAAUAUGUGACUCAGUUAA